UGCAUAAAAAUCUUCACACGAAAUAAUCUAUAUAUAUGGCUCUUGACUUCAGGCAAAAUCAGUACUGAGCUAUUGUAUUAAAUAAUGGCUUCCCUUAUUCCACCUGCUCCUAUUGAUUAUGAAAUUAAACCGUGUCCAACAUCAAUACUCCAGCAAACUGUCCUAGAUAUUGAAGCCCCAUGGAAGGAUAAUGAGAAGAAAGAGAAGGGAAUCUGCUUGACUUGGAAGGAUCUAUGGGUGAGUGCCUCCAUGGUAAAGCAUGGAAGCAAACCAAUUCUUCAGGGUCUAACUGGCUAUGCCAAGCCAGGCCAGCUCUUGGCUAUCAUGGGACCCUCUGGUUGUGGAAAAUCUACACUUCUUGAUGCUUUAGCAGGUAGAUUAAGCUCCAAAACAAAACAAACAGGGGAGAUUCUGGUCAAUGGUAACAAACAAGCUCUGGCUUAUGGAACCUCGGCAUAUGUGACACAAGAUGAUACCUUAAUGACAACCUUAACAGUUAGAGAAGCAGUUCAUUAUUCAGCAAAACUUCAGUUGCCUGAUACCCUUUCCAAGGAAGAGAAGAAAGAGAGAGCAGAGUUCACAAUCAGAGAAAUGGGUCUCCAAGAUGUCGUCAACACAAGAAUUGGAGGUUGGGGAAUUAAAGGCAUUAGCGGCGGUCAGAAAAGGCGAGUGAGCAUUUGCAUAGAGAUCCUAACUCGCCCUAAACUUCUGUUUCUGGAUGAACCAACUAGUGGAUUGGAUAGUGCAGCUUCCUACUAUGUCAUGAAAAGAAUUUCCACACUGGAUAAAAAAGAUGGCAUUCAGAGGACUAUUAUUGCCUCAAUUCAUCAGCCUAGUUCUGAAGUUUUUCAACUCUUCCAUAACCUUUUCCUUCUAUCUUUUGGGAGUACAGUUUAUUUUGGACCUGCUUCUGCUGCAUCUGAGUUUUUCGCGUCAAAUGGUUUUCCUUGUCCUACCCUUCAGAAUCCAUCUGAUCAUUUACUUAAAACUAUAAACAAAGAUUUUGAGCAGGAUAUUGAGGUGGGUUUUGCUGGGACUAGAACAAUACCCACAGAAGAAGCAAUCCAUAUCCUUCUGAGCUCAUAUAAAUCAUCCAAAUGGAACCAUGAAGUUCAAAAUGAAGUAGCAAUACUAUCUGAAAAGGACACCAAUCCAACAAACAAGAGGAGAAAGCAUGCUGACUUCCUUAAUCAAUGCUUAGUUCUUACCAAAAGAUCAUCUGUCAAUAUGUUUCGCGAUCUAGGUUAUUACUGGUUACGCCUUGCCGUAUAUAUUGCAUUGGCUACAAGUUUAGCCACUGUCUUCUAUGAUCUUGGUACAACAUAUGGUUCAAUUAAGGAUAGAAUUUCACUCCUUAUGUUUGUGUCUACAUUCAUAACUAUGAUGACCAUUGGUGGAUUCCCUUCCUAUGUGGAAGACAUGAAGGCAAUUCAAAGUUUCAAACUUUUCUCUUAUUAUUAUUUAAUUUUUUGUUUCCUAUUAUUGAUCCAGGUAUUUGAACGUGAAAGACUAAAUGGGCAUUAUGGUGUCACUGCAUAUGUUAUUGGGAACACUUUUUCAUCCAUCCCAUACUUGUUGCUGGUUACAAUUAUUCCUGGAGUUAUUACUUAUUACCCUCCUGGUCUUCAGAAAGGAUAUGUGCACUUUUUGUAUUUUCUCUGUGUUCUGUUUUCUUGUCUAAUGAUAGUAGAGAGCCUUAUGAUGGUAGUUGCAAGUAUUGUUCCAAACUUUCUAAUGGGUAUCAUAACUGGUGUUGGAAUUCAAGGAAUCAUGAUAUUGGGGGGAGGAUUCUUCAAAUUGCCAAAUGAUCUUCCAAAGCCAUUUUGGAGAUAUCCAUUGCACUAUGUUGCCUUCCAUAGGUAUGCAUACCAAGGAAUGUUCAAAAACGAGUUUGAAGGACUAAAGUUUGCUACAAAUAAUGAAGUAUGUGGGGGUGGCUCAUCAUCAAAUUACAUUAGUGGUGAAGAGAUUCUGAGAAAUGAAUGGCAAGUCGACUUGAGUCACUCAAAAUGGGUUGAUCUUGGAAUCUUGUUGGCCAUGAUCGUUCUGUCUCGAGUGCUAUUUUUGGUGAUAGUCAAAACCACUAAGAAGGUAAAACCCAUUGUUGCAUCAUUCUUAUCAGCCCCUCCCAAGAAAUCGAUUCAGAUCAUGGAGAACCCAAAUGUCACUCCGUUGAAUUUGUAGCUUGGCCUACAUUACUUCCACAAGACAAGAUGAACUCUUAGGUGAAGUAUUUUGUAUCUGCUAUAAUGCUUGGAUUAUCAUGAUGUAAUUGAUGUGUAAUAAAAUAAUAAGGGUUAUCACACAUAUCUUAUGGAAUUUUAAUUAUGAAGUUUUAAUCU